AUGGCGUCCAACCUUGUCGCGAGGGGUAACAAUGCUCUCAACGUUAAUGGCGACACAGUCAACGGCGUCACAGCAGACAUUGCCAUUACAACCGAUGGCUCCGACCUCUACUUCGCCAUCUGCUCAGCCAUGGGCUUUGCUGGCUUCGUAUUCAUCGGUCUCGCCUUCCGCAAGCAGCGCCGCGAUCGCCUCUUCCAUUACAUCACUGCGGCCGUUGUCUUCGUAGCAUGCAUUGCUUACUUCUCCAUGGGAUCCAACCUUGGUUUUGUCCCGAUCGCGGUCGAAUUCCAUCGCAGUAACCCAGUCGUCCACGGUAACUUCCGUGAGAUCUUCUACGUUCGAUACAUCGAUUGGUUCAUCACGACACCACUUCUGCUCCUGGACUUGUUGCUCACUGCUGGCAUGCCAUGGCCAACCAUCCUCUGGGUCAUUCUCGUUGACGAGAUCAUGAUUGUCACGGGUCUGGUCGGUGCGCUCGUGGUCAGCAGGUACAAGUUUGCUUACUUCUCUAUCGGUUGUGUCGCGCUCUUCUACAUCGUGUACAUGCUGACCUUCGAAGCUCGCCGCCACGCCUCGCAUUACGGCCGCGAUGUGAGCCGCUGUUUCCUCAUCUGCGGUUCCAUGACCACUUUCCUCUGGAUCCUGUACCCAAUUGCCUGGGGUCUCUGCGAGGGCGGUAACGUCAUCUCGCCCGACUCCGAGGCCAUCUUCUACAGCAUCCUCGACUUCCUUGCGAAGCCGGUCUUCGGUGCUCUUCUCAUCUGGGGCCACCGCAACAUCGACCCUGCGUCGAUCGGCAUGGCCAUCAAGGACUACGAUGGUGAUGCCAUCGUACGUGAGAAGAGGGCUCCUAACGCUCCACUUGACGGACCUGCUCAUGUUAACGGCCCAGACGGUGUCAACCACGUCUAA